UAGGCUUAGAAUUUUGUGCAGGGGGAAGUCAAAGGACGCUAAUUUGGUCAUUGUUUGUAUCACGGACCUGAUUGUAGUUCACACAGAAGCACCUCAAGGCGAUGAUGUUGCGCAUUUUUAUGAAUUGCCACAGGCACUUUUGAAUGCGAAUGUGUGAAGACUACCAGGCGUCAAUGUAGUGAGAAGUGUGCAUGCUUUCCUAACAGUUAAUGUCUAACUCAUAGACGUCAAGUUGUAUACUUUGCAUGUAAUCCAGAUCGACACACUUCAGCUUAACAUGUCACAGCCAAUUUCAUUAACCUUACCAGCGUUGCCUAGGUAUUCUGGUGUUCCGAAACGCUAUGAGGAAACAAGGCCAGUCCUUAUUCAAGAUUUCUCACACAAAAGAAUAUUAGGUAGGUCUUUCGCCCUUGGUCAUGAAAUCCAUCGUAAGCUCCAUGAAGAAGCAGAAGAAGAAAAGCAAAAAGCAAUUCGUACCACAGAGGAGAUGGUGUGGCUGGAAGCCAAGGCUGUGGCUGAACAGGACUUACAGCGAGUCCUGGAAGAGGCCAAAUUAGAACAGGAUCGCGUGGUAAAAAAAAUCCAUGAAAGCGCAAGGUCAUGCAAUCAAGGAGCUGGAGAAGAAGAUGCUCAAGAAGCAUUGCGUGUGGAGAUGGCCAUGCAGAAGUCAGCCCUAGAACAGGUGCGCAUAGAGCGCGAGGAAGGUGCGAGGAGGAUGAAGGAAGUUCUAGCACAAAUGGAAGCUGAAAUUGUGCAGAAGCGGGAAGAGGCAGUAAAGGCUGCCAGGGAGGAAGAACAGAGGAUUGCAGCAAGGGAAAUAGCCAGAAUCACAAGAAUUCACAAUGAAGAACUGAAAAGGGUAAAAGACGAGGCGGAGGCAGUCUUAAAGGAGACAAAAGAGGAAAUUUCUGAAGUCCAAGAGAAAGCUGUUAAAGAAGCUGUUCAGGAGACAAUAAAGCAAGAGAAUUUGAAACACACGGCUGAUUUGGCUUCUGCUAUCGUCAGCUACGAUAUAGAAUUGGCCAAAAUGAGAAUUGAACUGGACAUACAGCUGAAUGAGAUCAACAGGUUACUGGCAAGAGUGGAGGAUAGAGAACGCGCCAAAGAACGAAUAAAGGAGGAACUGAAAAGAACCAGACAAUCGUUCCAGGAUUACAUCACACGUGUGGGAAAGUUUACAGAGGGCCACGCUGCCUUUAUGCUCAAUCCAAUGGUCGAAAGUGUUGUGGACUUGUCAGAGUCAUAAAAAUAGAAAAUAACAACCAUUGCCAAACACAAUUCCAGAUAAUGCCAACAUGAAUAGAUCUGUGGAUCUCAUUCAGCUACAUAUCCAAUGAGUGACGUAUGUUUGUAUGUCUGUCUUAAGUAUUUAUGUUCAAAAGAUUUUAUAACUUGUAUUUAUGUUUGCAAAUAGUUUCAAGGAAGAAGAAUUUGGAGGGGGGCGGGGAACAGCAGUAAGAGGGUGGGGAGACGUGGGGGAGAGUAGGGACACUGUUUGGGUUAAAGAAAGACCGUCAAUCAGAAAUAGUGUUAGCUAUUAGUGUUCUGAUUUAGACAGUCUCAGAUAAGUAGAUAAUACCAGGUUAUGUUUUUUUGUAAAUUACUUCAUGGUUCAGUCAUUUUGUUUGUUUUGUAUUUGUUUGUCCCAUAUGUACCAUCAGAACAUUUUGAUACGGAACAGUUUACAUUUAGACAACAGUUGGAUUGAUUUUCCCCACAUCCUUUUGUCACUGGUCUUGCCACCUGGAAUAAUGAAUUUUCUAUUUUUUUAAUCUUGAUCAAAUUCUACCAUAUUUUCAUAUACAUGUCCAUGUAUCCUCUUUUUGAUACAUGUUAUAUUGUGAUAGUACUAAUGAUUUUAUUAUGUUUAGUGUGAGUACCAUUAAAAAAAAUCAUGUAUAUUAACACUGAAAAACUGUUCUUAGUGCUUUGUUUCCUUUACAGUAAUAUUUACUGUAAUAUAUUGACUUCAUUUAAUUCACAGGCUUAAAUAGACAAAGGAUGCUGUUAUAAAUAUUUAUUACCAUUGCAAAUGUAAAUGUUUUAAUAUUUUGUAUCCCACAUUUCAGUGAAAGCAAGAGAAUAAUUCUGGUCUAUCUGCAACAGCUGGGUUUCUGUGCAAAUUACGUUGUCAAAUAUUGUUUAGUGGUGAUUAAAUUCUGCCAGCAUAUCAAUUUUUGGAACCU